AAUUGGUGAAGCUAGGUGGCAUCCACUAAACAUGAAUGCCAUGUGUUGUUAUGAUUGUUAAUGUUUAACUCGAAAGUUGCACGAAGCAAAACGCUAUGUCGAAAUCGGUUCUUCCACAGUACUAACAGUCCGCACGUAUACUGAAUACUCUUCACAUAGCUGUUUCUUAAAUCUGUCUUUUAGCUAGCUCGGCAGUAAGUUAGCAAAGCCAGAAUGGCUGCACUGCGAGCAGCAAAGCAAACUUUGCGGAAAGAAAUAAAGCGACGUGUUGCAGCGCUGAGUAACGAGGAGAAACAACGACAAUCUCUUGUCGUUUCACAGAAGCUGUUCAGACACCCCAAGUAUGUGUCCUGUAAUCGGAUUGCAGUGUUCCUCAGCAUGGAUGAUGAAGUACUGACUAAUGAAAUCAUCAAAGAUGUGUUUAAAUGGGGUAAAAGCUGCUUCAUCCCCAGAUACAACAGCAGCAACAGGCAUAUGGACAUGCUGCAGCUCAACAGUCUGCAGGACAUGGAGAUGCUGCCUAUGACAUCCUGGAACAUCCAGCAGCCUACUGAGGAUGACCACAGCCGAGAGGAGGCCCUGGCUGCAGGAGGUCUGGACCUGAUCUUGAUGCCAGGCCUAGGUUUUGACAAAAUGGGGAAGCGUCUGGGACGAGGGAAGGGCUACUAUGACACGUACUUGGAGCGCUGCAUCAGACACCCUAAAGGAAAGCCCUACACCAUCGCCUUGGCCUUCAAAGAACAGCUGUGUCAGGAAAUCCCUGUCGAUGACAACGAUGUGCUCAUUGAUGAAAUCCUGUAUGAGGAUGAUGACUAGCGAGUCAAUCACCAGUGGUCAAUGUUUAAUUGUGCACUCUCAUUUAAUACAGAUACACACUUUUUUCACUGCAGACAUUUUGAUUUGUUAUGGCAGGAAGAGCUGAGGUGGAACUAAUGAGACCAAGGAUGGGCCUCUGGAAUCUCCUAUAGCAAUACAGCCAUCGUUAAUGUUAUUAUUUCCACCUAUGGUUUUCCUGCCAUGACUCAAAAUAUCGUCUGUUGUGGUAUCAUACAGGUUAAGCUGCUAAUUCAAUGGCUGUAUUGAUAAUGUGUGUUUAAGGUACUGAAACCUGAUGCUUUCUGUCAGUAUUCUGCUCCUAAUAUCAAGCUGCUGCUGUUGCUGUCAAGAGCUAUGAACAGGCAGGUUUUACUGAACACUAAAUACUUCAAAUGGAGAAUUCAAAUAUUAAUGGACAAUUAAAUUAAAAGAAGUGCAAAUAAAGUUGGCCUGUAUGUGUUUCAACAUAGGCUGAUGGACCCUCAUUGCCUUUACAUUCACGUUGUUGAAGAUCCUUCCACCUCAUUGUGACUGACAGCAUGCCACAGUGAAGCUCUUGCCCCGUUUUUGUAAGAAGAUUGGCAACUAUUUAGCAUCACUGCUGGAGCACAGAGGAGACUGACUGCGUUAUUACUAGUUGGCAUAUUGAAGCUGUAUGAAAGUUUAAUUAGUCAAGUAAUGCAUGCAGAUUCAAUUGCCCAUUUUGCCCUUUAAACUCUGUCUCACCCUUACUCUUUCCAAUCUAGUAAUGAGACACACAGAUGGUGAGAGAGUGACCUAGGCUGCGGUCGAAAAGUAUUUUUUUCUUAGGAAGGUUCAGACUGAGUGAAAUGAACUGAAGUAUCAGAGCUGCUCCACUUCUCUACAUGAUAAGGAAAGGAGUUUCAAUGCUUCCUAUCUCAUCUCCUUUAGCCUAGGAAACACUGGAGCUUCCUUUACAAAAGGAAAGGAGAAAUGCCGUCCCACAAUUCCUUGCUGCAGCAACAAUUUAAGUGAUGCAUCAUUGUAGUUUCACCUUGGCAGAGCCAAGUAAAUGUAGAAACAACAGAGAAACUGUUUUAUAUUUGAGACUCGAUCCAAAACUGAUGGAAAUACUCGUCUGAUUCACUGAAGCCCAAAUCCACAAAUAUGAAUUCUUCUCUUUGAAUCCAGUCAGGAGUCAUCAUGAAGAACAAGCAGAUUGAAUUUAUAGUCAACAAUAUCAUCAUCAUAAAAACAUAUUAUAGCCUGUACAUAAAUGUUGUCUCACUAAAUCCCCUCUCAUUGCGUAAAGACCUAAAAAUUAAUUUUAUCUACUUAACAAAUGUCAAAAGCUUCUAUGCCAGAAAACUAUAUACAAUUAUGUCUGAAUAUAAUUUAUUCUGAUCUCUUGCUCAGUUCAUUAUUUCUAUUUAAUUACUAUUUUAAUGGCUCAAC